AUGUCAACCGCUUCUCUGGCUAGAGAGUUGAAAGCUGCUCUCAAGACAUACCCUGAUUUUCCGAGCGAGGGGAUUUCUUUUGAAGAUUUUCUUCCCAUCUUUGCAAAUCAUGAACUCUUUCAGAAACUAAUUGAAGCGUUCAAAAUUCAUAUCCAGGAAUCAUUUGCGGAUAAAAAGAUAGAUUUCGUUGUUGGGUUAGAAUCCAGAGGAUUCUUGUUUGGGCCCACUUUAGCACUUGCCAUAGGUGCUGGCUUUGUUCCGGUUAGAAAGCCUGGUAAACUACCUGGCACAAUUGUUCAAACUUGUUACAAGAAAGAGUAUGGUGAAGAUGUUUUCGAAAUGCAGGUUGGCGCCAUCCCUGCCGAUUCAAAUGUCAUUGUUGUUGAUGAUAUUCUUGCUACUGGUGGCUCUGCAUCUGCUGCAGGCUCACUGGUCAAACAGGUAGGCGGAAUUAUUUUGGAGUUCAUGUUCGUCAUGGAAUUGGAAUUUCUUAAAGGAAGGAACACUCUUCCUGCCCCCACAUUUACAUUGCUAUCGGGGCAGCAGAAAUGA